AUGGUUACUCGGGUACGGACAACCGAACAGAACCGUAUUAACCAACGCAAUCUCCGCGCUCGACGAAAAGCGUAUGUCCAAGAGCUAGAGCAGCGGGUCCGAAAGCUGGAGAACGAGCGGAUCGGGGCAACAAAGGAGGUGCAGGUUGCAGCUCAGCGCGUGCAUAACGAAAAUCGCCUUCUCAGAUGGCUGCUCGAAACGAAGUUUGGGGUCGACGCAUACCAAAUCAACAAUUACCUUUCUGAAGUCAACAGCACUACAGGUAUUGGGACACAACUAUUCCACAACCCAGGAAAUAACGUGGCCGUGCCUACACCAGCAGAGCAGUUAGCAUGCGGUCCCGUUUCGACAACAAGCCCAGCAGAGGCGUUUCGGGCGAGGGCGACGCAUGAUUCCGACAUCGCAGAAACAACGAGUGAACCAAGAGAGAAGAAGGGCUCCAAAUGCAGCCCAGAAUUGUCAGACCAUGAACGCAGGUCUCCCACUACAUCCUCGACCAGCGCAGAGGCACAACCACCGGUACAAGUUGAAUCUCCGACUCGGUUUUCCAGCAACCAAUACCUGACGCCACAACAGACUCCACCUCCCACAGGCCUCCAACAAGGCGACCACAGAUGUGAAACCAGCCUGGGUCAUUCUUCUUGCGUCACCCUUGUGAGCAAGGAUUCUCAAGGCCCCUGUGUCUCAUCAAAGAAGGAUACCGAUGCUCAUGCUGAAGAAACGUCAUGCGAGGAAGCCGCAAGAAUCAUUGCGAGUCUUCGUGGCCACGUCACCCCAGACGAAGUAUGGAACGAGCUAGGUUGUGGUACAACGCAAGCCUGCAGAGUGAAGAAUCUCGCGGUCUUCGAACUCAUGGAUAAGGAGCCGGCAUAUGUUAGGAUAUAA